CAUAUGUUUUACAUGUCUUCUAGAAGGAAACCUUUAAAGUCAUCUAUACAAGCACUACUUUGGCCCCAAAAGGUGUUUUGGCAUAGACAAAUUCAUUGGUUCAUUUUGCAGGCUAAGGAAGUACUUUUCAGCUCGCCUUCUCCAAACCUGAGUGAUGAUUAGAUGGGACAAAAUGAACCUUCCUGGAUGGACGGACUGGAGAGAGGAAACAGCACAGCACAGCAGUACCCUUAGAACACAGCACACUGUGCGCAGUAGUACCAUGAGGAAGGGCAGGCAGCCGGGGCAUAUAUUGCUUUCAGUGAGCAGCCAGUGUCUGAGUAUUGACAUCCUGAGGGAGGUCUGGGACGAGUGUUCACUUUGCUGUGUCCCCGUUUUCCAUUGCACAGUGUAGGGUCUUCUGGGAAAGCCUGUCGGUGCAAGCCUGAAAUUUCACAGAAUCACAGGAUUUUUAGGCUUGGAAGGGACCUCUGGAGAUCAUCUAGUCCAACCCCCUGACAAGGCAGGGUCACCUAUAGCAGGUUCACAUCUUCUGCUUUGAGGCAGAAGUGAAACUAAAUGAAAAAGUUACCAAAACACAUUCCCACUCACGCGAUGCACAGUCACUUGGACGAGACGCUAACACGGCACCUCCACAAUUACGCAGUAAAUUUAUGGAGGCACGGGACUGCAGCUCGGCUCGUUUCUGGCAGCGCUUCCCUUGGGGCGAGCGGUGACCGAGCUCCGCCCCCAGCGCGGAGCGGGAGCGGCGAUGGAGCCGGCGCUGGGCCCGCAGUUCGAGGAUUCGCUGUUCGCGCCGAGCCGGGAGCGGCGGCAGGGCGGCGGCGCCGGGGCCCCGCGCGGCGCCCGGCACUGCGAGCCCCGCUGGUUCCACAGCGCGGCUGACGCCGGGGAAGGCUCCUGCGGGAUCACGAGCAGCAAGUUCCGGGCGGACUGGGCGUUCCGGCAGCGGCACUUCGAGAAAGCCCUGCGUGAAUACUCAGACUGCCUGCUACUCUUACCUGCCAGCAACAUUGCAAUGAGGCGUGAUGUCCAGGAGGGCCAGGCUCGGUGUUUAUCUCGCCUGGGAAGGCACAAGGAGGCUCUGGAUAUUGCAGAAAAAAUGAGAAACAGCGCUACUAACACAGAUCACUUAACGACGGUUCUCAACCUGCAGUUUGCCAUUUACCAGGGUCUGGAAAAUGUAGAAAAAAAGAUGUUGAGUCUGCAGCAACUGAUCUGUUUACAUCCUUUCAAUCCCUGGUUCUGGAAGUUACUUGCUGAAGCCUAUAUGAGCCUUCUACAGAAUUUGUCUCCAUUGGUCAUUCCAGAAGCAAAUCUAAAUCAGUCUGAAGAGGUUUGUGUAAGUAAUAGCAGUUUCAAAACAUCAGCUGGCAGAGAGAUUAAUUUGCUGCCUCACAGAUCAGAGGGCCAGAAAGAAGGCCCUUGGUUCAGCCUCGCUGCAGAAACAAAGGGGGAGAAUGCAGUGACUUGUCCCAGCAGCCAAGCAGUGAAAGAAUUCCUCUGCACUUCAGGAGAACUGGAACAAAUGGACAAAGAGAAAUGUGCAGACUCCAAGGCCUGGAAGCAGAGCAUGUUAAAGAAAGUUGGGAUGAAAGCAUGUGCCUCGUUUAUUAGAGCAAGGCUUCUACUUCAGCUUACCCAGUCACAACAGCUGUCCUUUGUGCUAGAGAAUAACAGAAAAUGCCAAAAAGAAAUCGAUGACAAAGUGGCUCUACUUGGUUUCGAUGAAAACUCCUUGCUGUUGAUGACCAAAGCUAUGGGGCAGGAUCUUAUACCAGAAAAACUAAAAGAGGAGUUUCAGGGUGAGGUAAAAUGCAUAGGCCCUUCAGCACUGUCAUCACUGGUAACUGCUUCAGUCAUAGAAUUUGAAAUCAAAUGGUUUGGUAAUCUCCAAGAUGAUUUAUGUCACUUUGAUGGACAAUUUUAUUCAGACAUUUAUCUUCCACCUUCAGUAACAUAGACAUUUUGUUAUAUUUAUUCAUCUCCAAAUGAUUAUGGCAUGAUACAUACAAUAAAGUUCAUAUUACAUUUUUUAA